AUGGGGGAGGAGGAGGAAGAACAGGAGCAUCGUGCUGAGCGAUCAUGGCGGCAGUGCCCGGAAAGAUCCCGGCCAGUCAGCGUGCUGUUGCUUUCGGUAAGCUGGGCCUACUCUCACGGGCGUCUUGUUGUCGUUCUCGCGCGGCGCGAUUUCGUCCUGGCUACCUCUCCCUCUCACCUCGACGAGGUCUCGCGGCCGCCACUUGCACUGCGUCAGUCGCCAUGGAUCCACUGCAAACCGAUCGCCUGGUCGCGGAGCUGCGCGAUGAGUUCCGGAGCGGGCGGACGCGCCCCAUGGAUUGGCGCGCGGCGCAGCUCCGCGCCAUGCUACGGAUGAUCGAUGAGCGGGAGGGGGAGAUCAUCGAGGCGCUGGAUCGGGAUAUCGGGAAGCCAGCGUACGAGACAUAUGUUGCGGAGCUCUCCACGAUAGCCAAUUCGUGUACGAAUGCUCUGAAACAUCUCAGGAGCUGGAUGGCUCCAGAGAAGGUCUCUACAUCGAUGAUCAGCUUUCCUUCAUCCGGAGAAAUCGUCCCAGAGCCCCUCGGCGUUGCGCUCGUUAUCUCUGCCUGGAACUUCCCUUUUCUGCUGUCUCUGGAUCCCGUCAUCGGUGCCAUCUGUGCUGGGAACGCGGUGGUCUUGAAACCAUCGGAGCUUGCACCGGCCACUGCUGCUUUGCUUGCAAAACUGGUUCCUUUGUACUUGGACAAGAAGGCCAUUCGCGUUGUAGAAGGAGGUGUUCCGGAGACAACAGCUCUUCUGGAUCAGCAGUGGGACAAGAUUUUCUACACUGGGAGCACGCGUGUGGGCAAGAUAGUCAUGGCUGCUGCUGCCAAGAAUCUGACACCGGUGGUGUUGGAGCUGGGGGGAAAGUCCCCGGUUCUUGUUGAUUCCAAUGUAGAUGUCAAGGUGACUGCGAGGAGAAUUGCUCUUGGGAAAUGGGGUAACAACAACGCACAAGCUUGCAUCUCUCCCGAUUAUAUCCUUGCUGACGAAUCGGUGGUACCAAAAUUGAUAACUGCCAUCAAGGAGUGUUUGCUUGAAUUCUAUGGGGAUGAUCCAAGCAGGUCCAAGGACAUCGCUCGCGUCGUCAAUGGCUCUCACUUUGAACGCCUCACGGGCCUCUUGGACGAGGACGGGGUGAAAGACAAGAUAGUGUUUGGAGGAGCACGGGACUCAAACAAGCUGUUCAUCGCUCCCACUGUUAUCCUCGAUCCUCCCGCGGACAGUGCCGUCAUGACGGAGGAGAUUUUUGGACCACUGCUGCCCGUCAUCCCGGUUGACUCCAUGGAAUCCGCCAUGAGCUUUGUAAACACGAGGCCCAAACCUCUGGCCCUCUAUCUCUUCACUCGCGACAAAGCUCUGGAGAAGAAGGUGGUCAGCGAAACAUCAGCGGGAGGCAUGGUUGUCAAUGACACUGUUUUACAUUUUGUCACCGAGACAAUGCCUUUCGGUGGCGUCGGGCACAGUGGAAUGGGGGCGUACCAUGGCAAGUUCUCUUUCGAUGCUUUCAGCCACAGAAAGGCCGUUUUGUACCGAGGCUUCUGGGCGGACAUGGCGUCGCGAUAUCCUCCUUACACCAUUGCCAAGCAAAAUUUUGUAAGGAAUUUUCUUCAAGGGAACUAUCUGGAAGCGAUCAAGGCCUUACUCCAAAAUCUAAGAUCAUGAUAGAUCCUCUAUACUGCGGAACUCAACUUUAUAAUUUUAAAUGUUGAAAGUUUUGAUAGGAUAUCAUAUGCUUUC